UAAAUAAAGAAUAUUUUAUAAUGAAUGAUUUAACAAGUGAAUUAUAUCACCAUUUAGAUCGAAAACAGCCAUUAAAUUUGCAACAUUGUAAAAUUUUUAUGAAAACUAUUGGAAAAUUUCAUGCUUUAAGUUUUGCUUUAAAAGAUUAUUGUCAACGUAAGAACAUAGAUUUUGAUGAAAUUGUUUAUAAAAUUCGUGAAGAUAUCUUUUUAAAUGCAUCAAAUCGUGAUGAAAUAAAUGAACAAAUUUUAUUACAAAACGAUUUUAUUAUUCAAACAUGUUUCGAUACAAAUGUAGAUCAAUUAAUUAUUGAGAAAGUCAAUAACUUUUCGAAACGAUUUUGUAAUACUUUGUAUGAAUUGAUUCAACCGAAAGAUAAUGAUGAGUAUUCUGUUAUCAUUCACGGUGAUUGUUGGACGAAUAAUUUAUUGUAUAAAUAUGAAGACAAUGAAACGAAGUCAAAUCCAAUUGAUUUAUACUUAAUCGAUUUCCAAGAAUCACGAUAUACAUCACCAGUAUGGGAUUUAACAACAUUUAUGUGCACAAGCAUGGACUAUGAAACAUUACACACGAACUAUGAUAGUUUAAUUAAAAUAUAUUAUGAUAGUAUUAAUGAACAAUUAAUUAAAAUGAAUUUAAAUAUUUCAUUACUUUAUCCUGAUCAUAUUUUUCAAUUGCACUUACAAAAAUAUUUUCAAAUUGGUGUUGGUUUAUCGGUGUACAUGCAUUUACCGUUAAUGUUACGAAAUCAUAGUACAUCAAUUAAUGAAUUAGAAGAAUCGGUAAUUGCAGAAGAUGGUAAUAUUUUGAAAGCAUUAAAUUUAAGUGAUACAAAUAUUGGGAAUAAUUUUAGAGAACGUAUUCGUGGUGUGUUAACAUUUGCUAUUGAACGUAAUUUCAUUUGAAAAAUUUAUGCAUUCAGGCGCGUGUUCAACUCUUACUAUAUUUUCAUGAAUCAACGUGAUUGGACCACCGAAAUGUAACAAUGGAUUUUCAUAACAAACCACAAAAAUGAAACUAAGGAGCUUAGAAUAGAAUUGCGACUGCUAACUUGACAACAAAAUCGGCCAAAAAGGCCGGAAGAGAUAAAUCGAAAAAACCACUGGAUAGAAUCAAAAGUGUUUAUAAAAAGACUAACAAAUUUGAUGUAAUAAACUUAAACACAAAUUUUAAUAAAAAAAAAAAAAACCUUUUAAUAAUAAUAA